CGGGCUGGUGGGCGGGCCUCGCGAGCUACUCAAGGCGCAGGUGCUAACGUGAGGGGAGUUGGAGUAGGGCAGCAGCCGCUGUGGCGGGACUUGGAAUGGGUACCGCAGCCUAGGGAGUUGGUGUCGGGGAGCUAAGGCAGGGUAAAACGCAGUAGUCCCAGCCUGCUUCUGUGGCUACAUCACAGGGUGAUGUUGGCGCUGGCAGAACGGAAUCCGCAGGCCACUUGGGUCUGAGGGCCUGGCUACUCGAUCCUGGGAGUGGUUCAGUCCUUGUGAUGUAGAAGAGCAGAUCCAAGUCACCCAGAUCAGGGCAUCAUCUGGAGGUUCCAGGAGCAAGCCGACUCCCACAGCUCUGGCUGGCUGGGAACCAUGAAGUGAUCAGCUGGUGAUUUCUCAGCAGUCUGGUUUUUUCAGCCUCGGUGCCCCUGAAAAGACGGGAACCUUGAUUUUCUCUCUCACCUGUGGCUUCUUCAUUUCUGGCCAUGUCAUACUGAGUUCUCCAGGCUCCCCUAAAGGAAUUCUGUUGAGACAUGAACGAAGGAGAUUGCCACCCCCAAGAUGGGGAAGAGAAAGAAGAUGGACAGGCGAUGAGAACUUCCGACGAGGCCUCUCUGCAAAUGGAUGAGCAAGACAGCUUCCUUCCAGCCAUCAGAUGCGUUCCUAUCUCAGCCCUGAAGUACCGGACCGUCCUCCAGGCUCUGACCAUGGAAGACAAUGAAUUGGAGCCGGCUGGUGAUAGUGCCGAGAUGCUCAGAGCCCAGGAGGAAUGGGAGGCUGUGGAAGACAUCCAGCCAGGAGCAGGGGGCCGGGAGAGCCCACACAGACCCGGGAAGCUAAUUUCCUUCAGCGAGGCCCUCGAGCACUUCCAGACGGCCGACCUCUCCACUUGCAGGAGGAUCCCGCCAGCGGCUCCCCGGAGGGGCCUCUCGACCUUCUGCAGCUGCCUCUUCGGACCCCCACAGCUACUCGACGGCCUUCAGGAGGAGCGCGACCUAAUCCUGGCCAUUGCUCAGUGCAGCCUAGAUAACGAAGACCCCGUGCACAGCCGCGUGCUUCAGACCAUCUACAAGAAGCUUACGGGCUCCAGGUUUGACUGUGCCCUCUAUGGAGCCCAUUGGGAGGAGCUGGGCUUCCAAGGAUCGAACCCUGGCACAGACCUCCGCGGCGCAGGCUUUCUCGCCCUCCUGCACCUGCUCUACCUGGUGAUGGACUCAAAGACGUUCCUGCUGGCUCACGAGAUCUUCCGGCUCUCCCAGCACCACACCCAGCAUUUCCCCUUCUGCGUGAUGUCCGUGAACAUCACUCGCAUAGUGAUCCAGGCCCUGCGCGAAGAGUGUCUCUCCAAAGAAUGCAAUCGCCAGCACACAGUCAUCGCCGUGGUGAACAGCCUGUACGCGGCCACCUUUCUCCGCCUGGCCCACGUCUGGAGGACCGAGCGGAAGACCAUCCUGGACUCCAGCUUUGUUCUUAAAGACCUGGAAGUCCUGGCCAAGAAGAAUCCGAAGCAGCUGCUCAGGAGCCUGGAGGCCUACUUGAGCCACGGGACGAAUGGGCCGGCCCCGCUGGGCCUGUCGGGUGCCCAGAGCGCCCCCGAGUCCCCCGCCCUGGCCUUCACUGGGAUCUGCGACCUGCAUCCAGACACCCCCGAGAGGGGCCCACCCGUGUGACUGGACACCCCGAGAUCUCUCCUCCGGGAGGAGCUUGCUUAGGCCUGGACGGCCGGCUCUUGGUGGGCACCGUGUUCUCUUGUAGAGGCAGGAGGGCCGGGCAGUACGUGAGCACCACGGGACCUCCCAGGGUGGAGGUGGCCCCUCUGUGUGGCUGCUCUGAGCUGCGGGGCCUCCUACGGUGGAAGUAGCCGCUCUUGAGCGGCGGGGCCUCCCAGGGUGGAAGCAGCCCCUCUGUGUGCCCACUCUGAGCUGUGGGGCCUCCCAGGGUGGAGGUGGCCCCUCCGUGUGCCCGCUCUGAGCUGUGGGGCCUCCCAGGGUGGAGGUGGCCCCUCUGUGUGCCCGCUCUGAGCUUCGGGGCCUCCCAGGGUGGAGGUGGCCCCUCUGUGUGCCCGCUCUGAGCUUCGGGGCCUCCUAGGGUGGAAGUGGCCCCUCUGUGUGCCCGCUCUGAGCUGCGGGGCCUCCCAGGGUGGAGGUGGCCCCUCUGUGUGCCCACUCUGAGCUGCGGGGCCUCCCAGGGUGGAGGUGGCCCCUCUGUGUGCCCACUCUGAGCUGCGGGGCCUCCCAGGGUGGAAGCAGCCCCUCUGUGUGCCCACUCUGAGCUGCGGGGCCUCCCAGGGUGGAGGCGGCCCCUCUGUGUGCCCACUCUGAGCUGCGGGGCCUCCCAGGGUGGAAGCAGCCCCUCUGUGUGCCCACUCUGAGCUGCGGGGCCUCCCAGGGUGGAGGCGGCCCCUCUGUGUGCCCACUCUGAGCUGCGGGGCCUCCCAGGGUGGAGGUGGCCGCUCUGAGCUGCGGGGCCUCCCAGGGUGGAGGUGGCCCCUCUGUGUGCCCACUCUGAGCUGCGGGGCCUCCCAGGGUGGAGGUGGCCCCUCUGUGUGCCCGGCCUGAGCUGCCAGGCCUUCGAGUAGCACGACAGGGCUCCUGCCCCAAACUCAGCCCAGACAGGUGGGGGGUCAGAUUUGGGCCUGGGGCAGACGUGCUUCCGGGCCCAACAAUCCCAUCAAGCAGCAGGAGCCGGAAGAGAAGAUGAAGGGAAGAGAAAUGGUGGCGAUAGCAGCGACCCCUGGGAACCGCACCAGUCCGAAGGGGUCUGGCCCAAGGGAGGCUCGCCUUGGGGUCCCUCACCAGGGACUCCCGCAUCCUGCCCCCCUUCUGUGCCACAAAACCAUCCCCCCGAGCUGUGGCGUCUUCACAAAGAUUGGGGUGGGCCGGGAAGGACCGGCACUCGCAUGAGCGGGUUUCCAAUAAAGGAUCGUCAGCGUUG